UGACAACAGCUGGUAAACUCACUUUAACUGGGACUGGACCAACACACGUCUACACACACACACACACACACACGUCUACACUCUCACGCACACACACAGACACACACACACGCACACUAAGAGUGACUGCAGGCUGCAUGUCCACAUUCCGCUGUGAGGGAGGGAGACACUCCCAGUGAUCCGCAGAGGUUGAACCAGUCCAGUUGAUGGGAUGCAGAGAGGAGAGUGAGGGUGAUGAUCCUGAAGCAGAACCAGUCUCAGGGCUGCAGCACCACUGGAAACCAUGGCCAAACACUGGACUCCUGAUCCCCGGUGACCGGCGUCGCCAUGCCAACUCCCACGAUCCUCACGGCAACCAGGAGUCCUCAGAGAAGCUGUUAGGUUUACAGGCGUCGUAGCGUCAGUGAGCGGAUCAGCACUGAGACCAGGAGGCAGAGAUGGUUUCCCAGUGGAGUCUCCUGCUGAUCUUCACACUGCAGGUGAAGACGGGACUAGUCUUCGGAUGCGUGUGUCCAGCAGCCACCUUUUCGUCCCAGUUCCCCUCUGUGGUUCCUGCUGGCAUCUGCUGCUUGAACUACUCUGGUUCUGCUCUCAAUCACGUGCACUGGUCUGUGUUUACCAAUGAGACAAACAUAGAGACAGUGGAUCUGUCCAACUGUAACAUCAGCUCUGUUGAUAUGAGCAGCAGGGAGGCCUCCACCCUGCAGAAGGUUGACUUAGCUCAUAAUAGACUAACGACGUUGCCAAGGGGGUUUCUGUCCGGCCAGCCCAGCCUGACGGAGCUGGAUCUGAGUGGGAACCUGCUGCAGGAGCUCCCUGACGGUUUCCUCCAGGACUCUGACGGCCUCCAGACGCUGCACCUUCAGGGAAACCAGCUGCGCUUCCUCCCCGAGUCCGUGCUGCAAAGACCAAGUCUGCGAAGGCUGGAGCUGGAGGGGAACCCCUGGGACUGCUCCUGUUUGCUCCUGGAGGCGCUGGAGGGAGGCAGGAAGGCCAACAGGACCACCAAGCUGGAGGAUCUGGUGGGAAACAUCACCUGCGCCUCUCCGGCUCACCUGGCCGACAGGAACGUGUGGUCAGUGAGGAUCGGUGACGUGUGCCGCCCCGCUGGCCUCACCGCACUCUUCAUCGUGCUCCCACUCCUCAUCCUCGCCGCCUUGGUGCUCUGCUGGUGCUGCGGGAGGAAGAGGAGGAAGAAAGAACCUCCUGUGUUCAGCACCCCCAAGAAGAAGGCGUCCAACUCCAGCAGCAACGGCCAGAAACAUCUCAGCAAGCAUCCGCCUGCAGCCGCUGAGCAGAGGGAACCUGGAAGCGGCGUCAAUGAGGGGAUCCUGAAGAACCAGCUGCUGCUACGUCCGGCGUCCGCCCUUCUGGGCAGCACCAGAGACAUCUAUGAGGAAGUGGAGAUCAAGCUGGGCUCAGUGGAGUCUCUCCCCUGCUCCAUCUCCACGGAGGGGAAGCCGGGCCCCCAGGAGCCCGACGGGGUCAGCAAGACAGAGCUGGACACGGUCAGUGUGACGGAGGUGAUGAAAGACUCGGCCGACAGGGAGAAGGCGUACAUGACCCAGUCCACUGAAUACUACAGCCUGGUUCCAGGCAUCGAGCUGGAGGACUCGGACCACGGGGAGUACGAGAACGUCGACCUCUCGUGACACCAUCUUAAAGGAAGAGUUCCACAUUGUAGGAAGUAGAAUUAUUAGCUUUUCUCGCUGAGUUACAUGUAAAGAUCAGCGACAUCACAUGUUUGUGGUAAAAUAACUUUUACAUGUGUUGGUAUAAGUUUGAUAUUUUACACAAGAGCUUACACACACACAAGUGUUUUUAAACUCCAUUGCUUAUUUAGUUGUAAUAUUUAAUUUUAUACAAAUACAAACAUUUUUGAAGCCAUGUUUUUGAGGCCUUUAAGUAGCCUAGCUUAGCAUAAUGACAACAUGGGAAAAAACUAGCCUCGAACUGCCCAAGUUAAGAAAUAUGAUCAGUUAAUGGCUCAAUGUAUCUCAGUCCAUCAAAUUAAUUAUAACACUUUUUUAUUGCCACAUUAAUUAAUUUUUAAAAGUCAAGAAAAAAUACAUUUAAGACUUUUUAACAACUUCCAAGACCAUGAUUCCCUAAAGAAUUAUGAAAAAAGCUACAGUGGCUAGCUUGCUAAUUGUCAAUAAGCUAGCUCAGGGGUCGGUAAUUCUCCGAGAUUUAAUGGAACGCCGCUUAAGUCACGCUAACUGUUUCCCCCUGCUACCAGUCUUUAUGCUAAGCUAAGCUAGUCAUCUUCCGGCUGCAUACAAACUCACAGACAAUGAGAAUCGCACUGGUUGUGUCGGCCAAUUCUCAACAAGGUGAAUUUCGCAAAAUGCAAAUAUCUCCUUUCAAUGCACUGAAGAGAGACUGAGUGUGUGUGCGUGUGUGUGUGUGCGUGCAUACGUGCAUGUGUGUUUGUGUGUGUGUCAGUAAAAGCUGUCGACACAGAGACAGCGUGGUCCGAACCCACUGUGGUAUCACAAUGUAAGAGGAAGUGAUUUAAUCCACAGCUUUUCCUGUGGGACAUGAGGUGACGCACUGACUGUUUGAAAGAGGCCCACCUCUUCUCUCUGGAAAAAAUUAAAUGCCACCAUUCGUGGGUUUUUUCAGUUUAACGCCAUGAAAACCUACAUCUAAUGUAUCGAGUCUGCAAAGGACAGGACGUGUUUUUAAUUCCUGUACAUUUUCCAGGUCAAACCAGCUUUCUCCCAGUACUUUCCUUUAACGCUCCCAUAUGCAGUCCACUGGUUUCUCAUACAGGAAGUUCUGGAUCCUACUCAUCCAGCAGAAGCUGCACAACUAGAAAUAUAGGUGAACAAUGACUAAUCCAAUCACGAUGUCCACGGUUCAUUUAAUAGGAAAUGUGGAAUGUGAAGCUUGGGUGGGAAGUCUAAAAUUAUAUAAGUCAUUGUCUCAGCAAGUAUAACAUGACUGAAUCAUGCUGGUGCUUUGUGUCGCAAACUAAAAGGUGCAUAUAAGCUGGAAAAUGACGAAGCAGAGCAGAUCUGUGCAGUGGUGCUGCAACAAAACAACACUGGAGAGGAACCCUACACUAAACGAAUCAUCAUGAAGACGCAGACACUUGUUAUCUAAGACUGUGGAGAAGUGACGGGCUAAUUGGUUUGUGUUCGGUGAGACGGAGGCAGCGAGGGUGCAGCGAAGGGCGUGGAGCUUCCUGGAAUUUAGAUGACAGGGGAAUAUGUUCCAGACGGGUUUGCACACAUUUUCCAUCAAAGCCUUAAUUAUUUAACAUUGUUGAGGUUCACUCCAAAUGUCACAAAGCCUUUCGGUCAAAAGAUGAACGGACAAAUGAGGGAAAAGUUGAGAUUUCUGCACAGAUAUCUCCAAAGAUUUUGAAUUUCUGCAUAUUUUGAGAGGAAAGGGUUUAAUCUUCCAGGAGGACGUUUACUAAACUUUGGCCCUGUUGGCCCUUUUGACGUGUUGCAAGAUAUUUGAUGUUUAAAGGUUAAAAAGUGAAAAGCACAAGAGCUAAAUUGUAAGAAAUAUAAACAGCCCUCAGACGUCGUUCAUCGCACUUCCACAGCUUUAACCUGCUUUACAAGAACAAUGCUUCUUUAUCCUUGAGUCUUUAAACAUCAUACUGUAUCAUAUAUCAAGCGUCCAUUAAGCCAAACCAUGAAUUACGUCAAUUCGUUUAUUUAUGAUCCAAAGUCCAUUUUCAGUUGUUAAGUUGUUGAAACCAAUGAUCACCUGCUGGAAGUGAAAGGUCACUUUUUGCUUCCUGUGUCUGAAAUCAAGGUCUCGUUGUUUCAAAAAUAACAUGAUUUGAUGGUUUAUAAGAGCAGAGAUUUAAUUAUUAAUACUAUAAUUAAAUUCUGCCAACAGACACUGGAUCUUUAAUAUUGCAUGAUGAGGGACCAAUGACCUCAGUGUUUCCAAUAUCCUGGGAUUGGAAAAGUGAAAUAAGGCAUCAUUUUAUUUUAUAUACACAGUAACAUGAAUAAUUCCUCCUUGUAAAAAAAGAAAAUGGGUGAACUGCUACAACAUGUAAUAAAAGAAUUGAUUUUAAUCUUUAUGUUUGUACUGACAGAUGCACUAUCUUGAUUGUAUUUAAAUGCAACAGCUUUAAAUAUUGUCGAAAGAUUAAUAAAUGCUUUUUUACUUUCAAAGA